AUGCGUCAGUCGAUAAUCGGCGGGCCGGCAGAUCUAACGGCCGUUAGCCGAAAGAACUGCUCGCUGUCCGUUCAGACGGAUGUGGGAACCAACUGGGAGUUCGAGAACUGCGUUUACCUUCAAUCGGGCGGCGGAUUCACCUUCCAUUGGACAUACGAUCGCCCCACCCGCAUUCUCGACGGCGCGUUUUCGGCGGACUGGGACGGGUGGGUGGGGUGGGGCAUAGGCGUGCGCAUGGUGGGGGCGAGCGCGCUCGUGGCGUUCCGCGCAAGCGAGACGGAGUAUUACUUCUCGCAGUACUACCUGGCCGAUUACAACGCGAGCCUCAUCAAACAGGAUACAGGGACCUUGGAUUUGGUUCCCAACAGUGUCAAGGUGCACAUUCAAGGAGCCACGGUGCGAGUGAUGUUUGCAGUGGUGCUACCGGAGGGGCAGACGCCAGGGCUGUACGUCAUCAUGGCCAAGGGGCAGGGCGGCAACGGUGACACGGGGGCUUUGGAGCCCCACAGCCCCUUCCACACCGCCCGCACCUACCUGCGUUUGGCAGGUGCCGGACCUCCCCAGUGGUUGCAAGCAGCACACGGCCUGGUGAACCUGCUCGCCUGGGGUCUCAUCCUCCCCAUCGGCAUGCUCCUCGCCCGCCACCUCCCCCAACUCGACCCCUCCGCCUCCUCCUCCUCCGCUUCCGCCUCCUCCGCCCCCUCCUCCGCGUUCCCCUUCCCCUUCCCCUCAUCCGCCGUGGCGGUGGUAACCAGCGGGCCUGGAACACCCUCGUGGGUGAAGCUUCAUAGGGUGGUGCAGGCGGGGGGGUAUGCGCUGGGCGCGUUUGGGUUUUUUCUCGGGCUGCUCAUGUGGGGGGAUGCGCAUGAGGGGCAUGUGCGCCUCAGGGGCGUGGGGGGGGAGGAGGCGGGCGAGUUUGACCCGGGGGCGCACAGGCGGUACGGCAUCACCCUCUUCGUUCUGGCCUCCUUCCAGGUGACUGCUCUCAUGGUCAUUCCCCAUAAGGACGCGCUCCUUCGCCCCUGGUGGAACCUCCUGCACCACUGGAACGGACGCCUAGUGACUGCUCUCAUGGUCAUUCCCCAUAAGGACGCGCUGCUGCGCCCCUGGUGGAACCUGCUGCACCACUGGAACGGACGCCUGGUGGUGCUGCUGGGAGUGAUCAACGUGUGGCAUGGCAUCUCGCUGCUGCACCCGCACUCCAUGGUGUGGUCCUUCCUGUACGGCAUUCCCUUUGGUCUUCUCCUCAUCAUCGCAUCACUCCUUGAAGCAUUCACCCUCUGGAAGUGGCUUAUGGACGAUGCCCCCACCACCGCCUUCCAGUCCAUGGUUCCGGCGCACAUGCAUCGCCGCUACAUGUCGCUCCACCAGGGAGCGGAAGCUGAAGCUCCUGUGGAUCUCAGCGAUGGGGAGAUUGAAUUCAUGGCUUCCAAUUCAGCUAUCUCCUCACACUACUUCUCGUCGACUUCCGCACUCCUCCAGAGGUUAUUUCCCCCCAUUCAUCGGCGCCUUCCCCCCGGCCCCAUGCUGCAGCGCGCCGUUUCCGCUGCCGGCAUCGCAUCGCCUCUUCGCGCCCCUCUCCUUUCCGCACCCCACCACCAAUUCCGCUCCCCGCGCCACUUUCCUUUCCGCCCUCCCCGCCCAGCUUCCGCCUCCGCGCUUCUUCCCGCUUCUCUAGGUCCCGCGGGCCCCACUGCGCUUCGAUUUUCGCCUUUCCCCGCCGUCCACCCUGCCCUCCUUCCGCACACUCCCAGCCUCCGCCGGCCCGCGCAUUCAAUCUCCGCCUCCGCGGCUUCCGCAGGUGAAUCCAUGGCGGAACCGGCGGCGGGCGCGGAGGGUGCGGCGGGCGCGGGGGUGGCGAUGGAAGUGGAGGUGAAACUGCGGUUAGCGAAUAAGGAGGCGCACGCGCGCGUCGCGGAGCUCCUGGCGGCCAAUCACCGCGUGACACAUCAGCAGGAGAACGUGUUUUUCGACGGGGCGAAUGGCGAGCUGAGUCGCAACCGCAUUGUAUUACGCCUUCGUUUCUACAACAGUGACAGCAAGUGCGUUGUGACUGUAAAGGGGAAGACUAUAAUGGCGGAUGGCAUCGGACGCUCAACUGAGGAGGAAGAGGACAUCGAACCUGCCUUUGGCAGGGCAUGCGUGGCAGACCCCUCGUUGCUGCAAUCUGCAUCCACGCCUCUCCUUGCCUCCCUGCCUGCCCGCUUCUCCUGCCCGCAGUUCGUAUGUCUGGGUGGGUUCCGCAACAUCCGGACUGUGUUUGAGUGGCGGGGCAACACGAUCGAGCUCGAUGAGACUCAGUUUUCCUUUGGCACACAGUACGAGAUUGAGUGUGAGACGAGCCAACCAGAGCAGCUCAAAGCAGAGCUGGGGGAAUUUUUGCAAGAGCACAAAGUGCCCUUCAAUAACAGCAGCAGCACCAAGUUUGGCAUUUUCCGGGCAGGGAAACUGCCGGAGUACUGA